AUGGCGGCGGGCGGGCGGGCGGCGGGGCGCGGUGCGGCGGCGGCGGCUGCUCCCCUCGGUGCUGGGCGCGGCGCGGGCUCCGGCGGCAGGAAGGGAAGCGGCGAGGGCGCGAGCCGGGCGGAAACGCUGCCGACGUCACGGCCGCCGUGCCCGGAGGAGGAAGCGGUUGCUAUGGUGGGAGCCCUGCGUGGCAACGCCCCGCGCACGCGUGCUGCCCGCCCGCACCCGAUUUUUUACUACCUACUUUGGUGCGAUCUCAGUCAGGCUCUCCUGAUUGGCCCGGGCCGGCCGCGCUCGCUGUCUGCGGCAGGAAACCCUGCGCAUUGCUUCCCGGCGGCGGCAGCAGCCGCAGCAGCAGCAGCAGCAGCAGCAGCAGCAGGAGGAGCCGCGUCCUCGCGUGAAUCAGAGCGGCGUCCAGUUUCAGGUGGCUGGAACAACGGAGGGUUUGUCCUCGGGACAAAGCUGAGCGCUGAGACGACGCUGCUGCUGAGGCUGGGCGGGGGCUUGGAGGAGCCGCUCUUCCGUGUUUAUCGCCCUACAGCUCAACUCUGAAAUGCUACGAAAAUACAAUUUCCGGAAUGUUUCUGGGCAA